AUGACUGACACCGGAAGUGUCGCUCCGGUACUAGGCGUGGCAAAUGCUGGAUUCAGAUUGUCCCUUUUGCUCAACGCCGUGGCAUGUCAGAUAGCAAGCUCUGGGAUCGAGAUCCAUAGCAUCUCCAAAGGAGUCUCAUUGUUCGCGUUAGCGCUCAAACAUGUCGGGAAGGCAUUACGGGAAACUGACCCUGUGCACUCUGCCCAAGCACUUGCGGAGGCAAGGGAGAUCACGGACCAAGGCUACAUGAUCCUGAAUGAAAUUGAAGAUAUGCUGGAUAGACUCAAAGCGUCUGAAGCGCUGGCAACUACCCACGGCCUCUCCGUACAGCAACGUGUGAGAUGGUGUUUCAAAAAGCAUCGUGUCACUUAUCUUCUAUCGCAACUCGAAUGUCUGAAACUCAGUCUCGCUGUGAUGCUGCAGGUUCUGCAGCUUGGUAAGCUAAUAGAAGCCAAGAGGAGAGGAGAUGGAUCCAAUGUCGACGAUGAGAUCGCACAAGAAAGGGCUGACACCCAAAACAUGGUCAUCGUCCGAUACUGGUCCCUCAGACGUCUUGACCGUUUACGGCAUCGUGCAGAGCAGGAAGCCAGGGAAACGGAGCAUGAUGCAAUGAACUCAUUAAUGGGCUGGGAUCCGCCAGUGCGGAACAGUAUACCGUCUUCUCGACAAGCUGAUUCCAGAUCCAAGACUGGUGGACCGGUCAAAAUACACGUUGCAUCCCUUGCAGACCUUGACGCUUCCAUGGGUGCCAUACAUGACUCUCCGAAAGGAAUGAUACAGUGCUCUGAUCGGGUCAUCAACUCGUUACUUCACAUUUGGACUCGCUUUCCAGACGCAUAUGGCAGCUCGUUUGAGACCAUACCAGAUAUCCAGAUCAGCAGCCCAGCCAUCGAUUCUGAUACUGACGACGACAGCCUCCGCAGCGAGUUUGAUGGCCACGAUAUCAAAGGGUACUAUCUGGAAGGGACGACGGAUGAUUGGAGAAAGCCUCACUCGCAGCAGGCGAGGGAACAUGCUGCCAAGUUGCGAGAGGAAUAUUCCAAGUACCAAGCGCACGUUGAUAGUGAUUCGGACAGCUCAGAUUCAAGCGAUGACCGCAGCGAACAGAAGACACAGGACGAGGGCGUGACCAGCGCGGAGACAAAGACGCCACCGAAAGACAUUAAGCCUCCACCUGCAUUCUAUGCUCAUACCGGCGGACACGUCAGCGACCACGGCCACAACUCGUCGAGCUCGUCAUAUCGCGAUUCCCGUCCGCGGAAGGGACCUGAUCACCAUCACCAUCAUCACCAACAUUAUCACAAUCAUCCUCGACCGCCAUCUAUCCCUCGGCCUCAGCACCCCCAGCAGUAUUACCACCACAGCCCGCAAGACAGAUCCUCACCUCAUCUAAUGUCGUCGAGUCCUGCGCAUUCUACGUCUCCACGCCAGCCAUCCUACAUGAGUUCCAGCCCUCAUACAGAUCCUCAGUAUCACCAUGCACAUCGGCCAUCCCGUCAUACGCGGCCCCGCGAUUCGCGGGAUAAACAUGUCCGGAUCCAGUCUCCCCCUGGCAGUGGGCGAGAAUCACGAGAUGAUAGAAGAGACCGCCAUAAGAACCUGAAGAGAGGCGCAACUAGAGGACUACUGGGUAUCAGUGCCGUUGCAGGGUUUAUGGAUGCUUUGGAAGCAUUUCAUAUAGUCUGA